AUGUCGCGACAACCGAAGCUUCGUCCCAAGUCGCAUAUACCGGGCUUUCCUGAGGGCCUCUAUGACCUCGCUACAAUAGCACCUUUAUCGGAGCUCGAAUCUCGACAGGGAUUUGCGGAGGACAAGCGAGAGCAACGCGUUUUUCGAGUCAAACGCAAGCAUGUUCUAAAAGCCUGUGAUCGCUGCAGAGUCAAGAAGACCAAGUGUGAUGGGAAGCAACCGUGUAACCGCUGUUCAGCAUACAAUCACCCGUGUCUAUUCCGAGAGAGAAAGGCCACCCAGACCAAAGUAUAUUCUCGAGGGUUCGUUGAGAUGCUAGAGUCGCACCACUCGCUCGUCGUGAAAGCACUGCAGAAACUCUACAAACACUGUGUAAACAAGGAAGGGUUUCCAGGGGAGCCUCUGGCGGAAGGCGCUGACGGCCAUCCUUUAACGCAUGCCAUUCUGGAUCGCUUAGGGCUUAUCAAACAAGCUGAAGAAAAUCCCGACGAGCCAGAUGAAGAAACAGAGGACCUUCAAUAUCUACGCUUCUUGUCUACCUCGACUGACUCAACGACCGAUCCGUCCCCAGAACCUACCACUCCCCCCGAUCCAUACCCGAGCAACUGCGCUUCCGUGACCGCUUCGCCCAGGGGAGUUGAAUCAUGGAAGUGGGACUUUCAGUCCGUUCAGCCGGAGCAGUAUCACAAUUAUUCAGGGUCUGGGUACCCUGGGAUGGUGGUUUCCCAAGCGCCGUUGGGGCCAACUAACCUAGCAGGGGAAGUUGCAUGCCCACAACCGAUCCACCCAGCACCUUCCAGCCAUCCUCCCUAUUUAUAUUAUCCCAACAACAGCUGCUAUGAGGAGCCUGCAAAGCAUCGCCUUCAUCCUAGCGUCAUGACCGGACCGGGACCACAUCAAACAACUGCUGGCUUGUCUGCUGAUGUGCUUGGCGAAUACCACCAUUUUCAAGAGCAACCACUCUAUCCGGGUGUCACACCUGGAUGGCAUUUUCCAUCGGGAUAA